CAUCUUCUUAGCAAAUAUGGGAGUUUAUAAAUAUAAAUUAUGUAGAAAUGUUAAUAUCCAUAAUUAACGCUUUUGAAAUUUCGCAAGGCUAAACAGAGAGGUAAUUAGGUAUUACAGGUGUAAUAAAUAAAUUAAUAUUAAUAAUGAUUAUUAUAGAAUAAAUCGAAAUUUAGGGAGGAAAGCAGGCCAGAGGGGGUGGAAACGUGUCCAGGAGAGCAAAGGAAGGGCGGCCACGUGUGUAGGGAAGCAAGGUCUCCAGCAUUGCGGUGGUCGGCCCCCAUUGGUCCACGUUCUCCGGCACCUAAAGCAGCGCUGGUACACGCGUUGAGCUCGAGCCGACGGGUGGAACAUCAUCGCCACUCUUCAUCUCCGCCGCAUCCUACCUCCCUUUCAUUAUUAAUUAAUAUUAUAUCUAUUUUCUUUUUGUUCUUUUCCAACAACUUGGUAAAUAAAAUAAAAAUACCACACUACUAGCAUUCAUUGCAGUCGCUUUCAAUUCGCCUCCUGUUCCAAUUACUUUCUUUUUCGCGUUUUCAUUUUUAUGCUCUCUUCUCAACUGAAGGGAUGGCAGAGAUCUGCUGUGAGAGCGAGGGUUCGUGCGAGACCAGCAGCAGAGCGGCGCGGAGACGGAGGAUGGAGCUCCGCCGCGUCAGAGUGGACCCCACCCUUAAGCGUCAUCGUCGUCUCCAACUCCCACUCUCCUCCUCCCCUAAACAUUGCGACAAUAAGAAGGAUAUUCUCCCCAAAUUCGGAUUCGCCUCCGUUUGUGGACGCCGCCGAGACAUGGAGGACGCCGUCGCCAGUCAUCCUUCCUUUUGCCGGAAUUUUUCCGCCGACCUACACUACUUCGGCGUCUACGACGGCUACGGAUGCUCUCAUGUAGCUACGAAAUGUAAGGAGAGAUUGCACGAGAUGGUGAAGGAAGAGUUACUCGUCCGAGAAGAUCACGACAGUAGCAACUGGUGGAAGUGCGUGAUGGAGCGAAGCUUCACGCGCAUGGACAAAGAGGCGGUUGCAUGGAACGAAAAUGCUGCGACUGCGAGCUGCCGGUGCGAGCUGCAGACGCCGGAGUGCGACGCCGUGGGAUCCACGGCUGUGGUUGCUGUGGUCAGUCCGUGCAAUAUAGUGGUGGCCAAUUGCGGUGAUUCGAGGGCGGUGCUGUGCCGAAGCGGUAAGGCUAUUCCACUCUCAACCGACCACAAACCCGACCGGCCGGAUGAGAUGAACCGGAUACAGGCCGCUGGUGGCCGAGUCAUAUUUUCGGAGGGUGCUCGGGUUCUUGGUGUUCUUGCCAUGUCCAGGGCCAUUGGCGAUAAUUAUUUGAAGCCAUACGUAAACUGUGAACCGGAGGUGACGAUAACGGAGCGGAGCGAAGAGGACGAGUGCUUGAUACUGGCUAGCGAUGGGCUGUGGGAUGUGGUGUCCAACGACACGGCCUGCGGGGUGGCAAGAAUGUGCCUUAAGGGGAAGGAAGGCAGCUCCGACAAGGCGUGCAAUGAUGCAUCCAUGCUGCUAACUAAGUUGGCUCUCGCGCGGAGGAGUGCGGACAAUGUUUCUGUCCUUGUUAUUGAUCUCACCUAAUGAAUGAUCCACCUCUAAUAUUACUCACUUUUUCUCUCUUUUUGGUUUAGCUUUUGGUGUAAACGAUGGACGGACUUGUUUGGGUUAUAAUUGUUGGCCAUCUGAACGAACUUUUUACGAUUUUUCUUUAUUUAAUUUUUCUUUAUUUAAUCAAUGUAUGUAGUGCGCUCACUUUUUUCACAGCUCUUCUUCGAGCAUAAAACGACCCAACCCUUCCCCUACGUAACUCUCUACUUUAUUACUCCUUCUGUCCUUCAUAAUUUGUCAUCAUUUGACCUGAC